AAAAAAAAAGAAAGAAAAAAGAAAAAAGAAAAAAAAAAAUGGAGCUGGAAAAAAGCCUACACCAGACCGUACAGUCCUAGAGAGAGAGAAAGAGAAAGCACACGAAACACACGCUCCGUUACAGUCUUAGAGAGAAACAAAACCCAUCUCUGUCCAUCUCAGUCUCUCUCUCUUUCUUUUUCGGAUUCGCGACGCAAACCCCAGCGGCUAAGAGAGCGGACGUAUCCGAUCUUCUUCCUUCCCUCUUCCUUCCAGAACAUUCUAGAACCCUCCACGAUCCCCGUUCUCUGUAAAGCACACAGCAAUAACACACGUCCCUUUCUCUCUCAGACUCUCACUUGUUACACUCUAAACUUGUACAUAAGCUUCUCCCUAAAAAACAAAAAGCAGAAAGAAACAAAACCUGGCUUCCAUGGAGCUUUACGGUCGCAACCCGGGGAGGAACGGGUCGAACCCGGGGAAUCAGCCCGAAUGGCGCUCGCCGGGCCCCGAUACUGGCCUCGAAGAAUCAAUGUGGCAGUUGACGCUGGCUAGCAGCGAAUCGUACCCGGAGCGACCCAGUGCUCCGAAUUGCGUGUAUUACAUGCGAACCGGGUACUGUGGAUAUGGUGCAAGGUGCCGUUACAAUCACCCUCGUGACCGUGCUGCGGUUGCUGCGGCUGUAAGAGCAACAGGGGAGUACCCGGAAAGAGCGGGGGAACCUCCAUGUCAGUAUUAUCUAAAAACUGGAACAUGUAAAUUUGGUGCAUCCUGUAAAUUUCACCAUCCAAAACAUGGAGGUGGAUCUUUGAGCCAAGCACCACUAAAUAUUUAUGGAUACCCAUUACGGCCGGGUGAGAAAGAAUGCUCCUAUUAUUUGAAAACGGGGCAGUGCAAAUUUGGUGUGACUUGUAAAUUCCAUCAUCCUGCUGCUGGCACAUCAUUGCCGGCUUCUGCACCUCAAUUUUAUCAACAGGUGCAAUCUCCUACGGUUCCUCUGCCUGACCAAUACGGGGGAGCAUCCACAAGCUUGAGAGUGGCUAGGCCUCCUAUGUUGGCUGGUUCGUACGUUCAAGGGGCUUAUGGUCCUGUACUUCUUUCUCCAGGAGUUGUUCCAUUUCCUGGAUGGAGUCCUUAUUCGGCACCUGUUAGUCCUGUGUUAUCUCCUGGUGCUCAACCUGCUGUUGGGGCUACUUCUCUAUAUGGAGUGACCCAAUUGUCUUCAUCAACAUCAGCUUUUGCUAGGCCAUAUACUCCACUGCCCUCUUCUAUUGGCCCCUCAGGCAGUGGUCAGAAGGAGGAAGUUUUUCCUGAACGUCCUGGCCAACCUGAAUGCCAAUACUAUCUUAAAACAGGGGACUGUAAAUUUGGAUCGGCUUGUCGAUAUGAUCAUCCACGGGAUAGGGGUGUGACACGACCACUUCUCAGCCCCAUUGGUCUUCCUCUUCGUCCGGGGGUUCAACCUUGUGCAUUUUAUUUGCAAAACGGGCAUUGCAAGUUUGGCUCCACAUGCAAAUUUGACCAUCCUUUCGGGCCUGUGAGAUAUAGUCCAUCGACAUCUUCCCUGACCGAUGCACCAGUAACUCCAUACCCCGUUGGGUCUUUGCUGUCUACCCUGGCUCCUUCCUUAACAUCCUCAGAGCUUCGGCCUGAAUUGAUGUCGGGGUCCAAAAUGGAAUCCUCCUUUUCAACCAGAAUGCCUUCUUCUGGAAAUAGUCCCACUACCUCUGUCAGUUUAAUCUUUUCACAAGGUGGAACUGUCUCACUAUCUGAUGUGCAACUCUCAACUCAGAGUUCUGCCCCUCUAAGCACUAGCCGAAGCACCAGAUAGGAAACCGAUGAAAUACGUUUAGCAGGCUAAUUAAUUAUACCAAUGGAAGAAAAAAGGUUUUUCCUCAUUAGCAUUGAAUGUUGUUUCAUUAGCCUCUAUUGCUUCUGUCUAUAGUCUCAUUGAAUAUCUAGUUCAAACUACUCCAAGUUCCUUCCAGUGUUUAUAAUUCACCAGCGUAGGCCAUUCGAAUUAUGUUCAUAUAUUAUCUAAUUAUAAUAUUAUUAUGUGGAAUAAGCUUCAAUAGAAAACUUGAUAUGGUGUUUUCUUUAAUGGUCUCAUGGGAUAAUGGUUUUGGUAUGUGUACAUUUUACUGAGGCAUUCCAGAUACUACCCUACACUGCUGCAAAAUGGCGGUUCCAGUUACCUUCCUCGCUCGAGAAGGGAGAGCGACUGUUGCUUUUAGUAUUUUUCUGGGAACACAGGGUAACCCUAUGGCUAUGGGGGCCUUUAAAAUUAGUGAAGGGUAUUUAAUAUUUAUUCUUAGACCAGUAAAUGUGUUGUAAUUCUAAUUUGUUAAUUAAUUUGAAGGUGUUGAUUUUAGUUC